GCUCCAUCUGGACUUCAACCGAACGUCACUACUACUCCGCAUAUUCCUCCUGUGGACUCUCGCCAAAAGGGUCAAGGGGCGGCUACUAUUCAGUUCGCGUCAUUGGAUUUGGCAGUAUCACUAAGUAGAAUCCCAUGCUGCACGGCAUUUGACGCAAUAACCUUAAGGGCACUGGACAAAUGAUGGGCCGGAUAAACGCUAUCAAGGGCUGCAGAGCCUGGAGUGGCCCUGAGGGCAACUUCGGGUCUGGGGGAGCCCACAUCGGCAUUUCUCCGCCCCAUGGAACGCGACGGAAUCUGGGGGCAAUACCCGUGGUGGGUGAAUUCAAUGCAUUGGCGUGAGGGGAAAUAUCUACUAUAUGAAUGUUGUUGUUUGCAGUACUUAGUGGGUGGACUGGUAAGUAGUAGGCGGGUUGAAUGCACAAUUCUUCAUUCCGUGUCAUUUUGCCUAGCUUUCAAUUUCCUCUCACGUUACGUUAUCCUUCGUCUUGAUAUAUUUCAUGCCUCAAUUGAUCUUAUGACACGGUAAUGCAAUCGAUAAUGGAUUCUGAUUCAUUGAAAAUCUCCGAUAAUAAAGCGGAGAUCUUCCACGAUGAGGACCUGACCUCAAUAGGUUUGGAUGACUCCAUUGAGGAAACGAACCCCGGGAAGGCAGUAUGGCUGAUUGUCUGUGCGGUGUCCAUGGGUGGCUUUCUAUUCGGCUAUGACACGGGGGUCAUAUCUGCCGUACUCGUCAAUCUGGGGUCGGACCUGGGGAAGCCACUCAGCUCCAGUGAACAAGAAUUGGUUACAUCGAUCACCUCCGGAGGCGCUCUGAUAGGCUCAGUAGCGGCGGGCAUGACAGCCGACAAAUACGGCCGCAAACUUGCCAUUUACGUAGGCUGUAUCAUCUUCUUCAUAGGAAGCAUAAUUCAAGCAGCCGCAUACUCGCUUCCCCAGAUGACUGUUGGCCGCCUCGUUGUGGGCUUCGGCGUCGGUGAGGCUGCGAUGAUUGUCCCAUUGUACAUUGGAGAAAUGGCCCCGGCACGGUUUCGUGGCCGCCUCAUAGUCUUUGACAAUAUAUGUGUCACUUUCGGUCAGCUUGUCUCAUACGCACUCGGCGCCGCGUUUACGAAUGUGGCUUCCGGGUGGAGAUACAUGGUGGGCCUCGGCGCAGUACCUGCUUUGUUGCUUGUUGUGAUGAUGCCAUUUUGCCCUGAGACGCCUCGUCAGUUGGUCCUACAUGGUCGACUGGAAGAGGCUAAGCAUGUGAUUGCGAAGAUAUUCCCACGAGCCACUAACCAACAGAUCGAUGCGAAGGCGAGACUGAUCCGACAUUCAAUUGAAGAAGCCACCGCGUCGAUUUCUAAUAAGAGCCUUGUGUGGCAGAUGAGACAGCUCUUUACUGUUGGUCAGAAUGUGCGAGCUCUCAUAACUGCUUGCGCCGUCAUGGCAGUAUCCCAGCUAGGAGGCUUCAAUACGCUUAUGUACUACAGCUCCACGCUUUUUUCGAUGGUUGGGUUUGACAAGCCCACGGUCGUGUCAAUCGUGGUUGGAACCACUAACUUUAUAUUUGGAUUCCCAAACUUCAUCUUCAUUGACCGCUUCGGCCGACGACGUAUGCUCCUGUGCCUAUCGUUGGUGGUUGCCUCCGUAGCCUUCCACUGGAUUCCAGUGAACCAUGACCUCACGGCCGUUGAGACGCGCGAGAUGGGCUGGCCUAAUAUCUUGCUUCUCGUGUCUCUCAUCGUGUAUAUUGCCUUCUACGCGGCAGGGGUGGCCCCGAUCUCUUGGGUAGGGACGGAAUUCUUACCUCUCGAAGUUCGUGCAUUGGGGACCAUGAUGAACAGUGUAACCUGCUGGGGCUGCAACAUCAUUAUAUCGUCAACCUUCCUCUCGAUGAUGAAGGGAAUGACCCCUAGUGGAGCCUUUGGUUUCUACGCUGGAAUAUGUUUUCUUGGAUUUAUCUUUGCAAUUUUCUGCUAUGCAGAGGUUCAUAACAUGCCCCUCGAGUCUGUCCGUGAGAUUUAUAGCCAUGGAUUUGGAGUCAAGUAUGCACGAAAGGUGCAGAAAGAGCUUCACGAAGCUAGAAAUCUAGAGGAGAGCACGGCGUGA